UAAUUUCUCUCCUCCGAGAAAAUCCAUGAUACAUUUUCCCGGGAAAGUACGAGAAAUUUUCCCCAAACUCCACUCCACUCCACUCAACAAUCAUUCCCUCAGCUUUUUAAGCCAUAAUGACAAUCUUACCACACAUCUCCCACGUGCAAGUCCCUAUCACCCGCACGUGUGCCCAUCCCAUACCCAACUUCCGAACCACCCCGCCAAAACCCACGGCCUAUAAGUGCCGUUUCCAAACACGCCACUCUGAUCAUCGCCAAGACAGGAAAAUGGAAGCCGUCGACUCCGCCGACCUUCGUUCUCAGUUUCUUCAAGUCCUCCGGAGUCGACGCUCCAGUGAUGUUCCGCUGUCUGUGAAACCUGCGAAACCUGUGGCAGAACCCUUUUAUCAGGAAAUUCCUCGGCCUCGCUUCAGCAAGGCAAUGGAGUCCUGUCCAAGGGCAAACAUUACCAAUUUAAAGGAUCUACUUCAUGAAGAAAAUCUUUACUUGACUACUGAGGCAGGAGAGCAAGGACGCUUGCCUGUUCUGAUCUUGAGUCUGAAGGAAAACAACCCUGGCAAAAGGCCUGCUGUUGUUUUUCUGCAUAGCACAAAUAAGUGUAAAGAGUGGUUACGUCCUCUGCUUGAGGCUUAUGCUUCACGAGGCUAUAUAGCUGUUGCCAUUGAUUCUCGCUACCAUGGUGAACGUGCCAGCAAUUUGACCACCUACCGAGAUGCUCUUGUAUCAUCAUGGGAAAAGGGCGAUACAAUGCCUUUCAUAUUUGAUACGGCUUGGGACUUGAUAAAAUUGGCAGAUUAUCUUACGCAGAGGGAAGAUAUAGACUCUGAUAGGAUAGGAAUCACUGGCGAAUCACUUGGAGGAAUGCAUGCAUGGUUUGCUGCUUUUGCUGACACCCGCUAUUCAGUGGUUGUCCCUAUUAUUGGUGUUCAGGGGUUUCGAUGGGCCAUAGACAAUGACAAGUGGCAGGGUCGAGUUGACAGUAUAAAGGCUGUAUUUGAAGAAGCACGGAUUGAAUUAGGCAAGAGGGCAAUCGACAAAGAAGUGGUAGAGAAGGUCUGGGAUAGGAUUGCUCCUGGUUUAGCCUCCAGCUUUGAUUCACCUUAUACUGUUCCAAUUAUUUCACCCCGUCCUCUGUUGAUUCUAAAUGGCGCAGAAGAUCCCCGUUGUCCACUUGCAGGUCUGGAUGCUCCCGUAUCAAGAGCAUCCAAGGCUUAUGAAGAAGCCAAUUGCCCUGAUAAUUUUAAGCUGAUAGCAGAACCGGGGAUUGGGCACCAAAUGACAUCAUCCAUGGUGAAAGAAGCUAGCCACUGGAUUGACAGGUUCCUCAAGAAAUAAUACUAUAUAGUCAUUGGUAGUGUGUUUGUUGUAGGUCGAGUCACCUAGUUGGGCAGAAAUACCACUGCAUUUAGUAAUUUCAUGUUUAUUGCAAGUGAAGCUAUGUACUUUCCUUUGUGAAUGUUUUGUUGAUAUUUAUGAUGAUUUAUGGCAAUGUUCCUGCAUUCUUCAAAUGUAGCUUUCAUGCUCCAACAGGAAGCUCACUCCUCCACAUUUAAAAA